AUGGACUUGCACAGUAUAUUGGAUAGUGUGCCCGAGCCUCCAAUUGUCGACUUGCACUUGGACGAGAUCAACAAGUCAGGCGAGUACAAUUUGCCCACUCCCAUGUUCGAGUUCCAGAAAGAGCUCACCGACCAAAUUGUCUCAUUACAUUACUCGGAUAUUUUGAAAUACUGCGAGACGAACGACACGACGGAGCUCAUUAUCAAGUCGUUGCAAAUAUGCGUCGAAAACUGUAUGCUUGUGGCAACCCACCCAUAUCUCCUUAUCCAGCACUACAUGCCCAAGAACCUCUCAAUGAGAGAUCUCCCCGCCAAAUUGGCCGAAACAAGUGGAAAGUUUAAUGUCAUUAAGGACCUCAUAAAUGUUAUUGUAUCCAACAAGGUCUCACCUCUUCCCAAACACGUGGGAAUGGUGAUGAACAACAACGUCAGAGAGAUGGAUUUGCUAGAGGCCCUCAUACUUGGCUGUCGAGGAUCAAAGGUGGUUCAGAGAUACGUGGGAAACAGCAUAAAAAGGGAGAAUACCAAGAAUAAUAAAAAUAAUGCAAAGGCAGCUCCUCCACUCACCAUCCACAUGAUUCCGCAAGACGGCCAGCUCACGAGAAACGAGGCCGAGUUGGAAAAUGUGAAAUUUGACUGCAUCAUUGUCAUGGAUGGUCAUGUUGAUACACUGACACAGUUUUUCAAAAACCUCAGGCAGCAAAAGCGUCGAGGCGAAGAAUGCGUGAUGGUCAGACUCAUACCGAUUUAUUCCAUUGAACAUUGUUUGCUUCACUACAGAGGUAUCGAAGGCGAGUCUUCAUACUUGUACAAGCUCAUUUCAUCGAUUGUUUGCUUAAGGGAUCGUAUCGGCAAUCUCCAACCGGACAUCUUCCCCAUUUACAACCAAAGCCUCACAUAUUUGUCACAUACUUUCUUUGAUCACGUCUUCCGUCGUGACAUUCGCUCAUUUCCUUCAUGGCCUCUACCCGAGUUGCCCAAAAUUCCGAGAUACUCUCCUACUGACGUUGAGAGAUCCUUGCUCACAGAGGUAGUGUACCACUACACUCCCUACGACUCCAAUGAAGCUGCCAUUGAGGCAUCUGCGAAAUGUAAAAGCUACUAUCAAACAAAGAGACUUCAGCUGGACUAUGUCACAAACCCAUUAAAGAACGAUUACAACAUCCUCAGUGGCAUUCACAAUCACGAAGCGGUCUCCAAAAGAAAAGGAAAGGAUCGCACUAUUCUUACUCACAAGCUUAUCUUGGAAUUGAAUGCUGGAUAUCUCGACUUAGCUAAAAUUGAGGAAGAAUAUCACUCUUAUAUCGAGUCCAACAAGGAUGAGCGUCAGAGCAAGAUUGGCAGAAGAAUUGAUGACAUGAAGAAAUCCCUCACCAGCAUUGUUUCCGAUGUCGAUCAUGUUGAGCAAAGAAUUCAGGUUAAUGAGAAGAAGCUACAAAAGAGACAAGAAGAAAUGGAGGUCUUAAAGUCGGAGAUUGAACAAGACAAAGAGAAGCUCAAGAAGUUUAGCGAGUCCGAGACUGUGACAAAUAACGACAUCAAGAAGACUUUUGUGGAGAACCAGCUCAAGAUCUGGGAGUUGCAAAAUGAAGUGAAAGAAAAGGCACUCAAGUUACAGACGAAGCAUGAUGAGUUGAGCUACACGAAGAAGGAGAUCGAGAAUUGUGAAACUUCUAUCAAGCAAUCGGAGGAGCAAGUAUCCGCUGUUCGUGAAAAGAUUACCGAACUUGAGAAGCAAAUCGAGUCUGCCCGUCAAUCUGAAGAGGAAGAGAACGACACUUUCAAGAAGAGAAGACUAGACAGCAAGAGUGGAAUUGAUGGAGCCAAAGAAGAAAACACCUUGCUCAAGACAAAACUCGUGAAAUCUUUGAAGUUCUUGAAAGAUACGUCGCAUCUAAAAAGCCGCAAGGGCAGGGGACUCACUCCCAAUAAUCGUUAA